AUGAUUAAUCUUUUUAACAAACUUAAUUCCACUAAUUUUUUAAACAAAGUUUUUAAUUUUUAUAAUUUUACUAAUAAAAAUCCUAAUUUUUAUAAUACCUCCGUUAAUUCCCAUAGAUUCUAUAGUGGCGGUGUUAAGAGGUGUAAGAACAGUUAUUUUACCUAUGAAUCAGUGGAAUCUGAUUACAAUAAAUAUUUUAAGCCUAAAAAGGAUUUAAUGAAAUCCUUCCCUCAAGGAUAUAUUAAAGUAGUUAAACUUAAAGGAAUCUCAUACAAUAACUACAGCAAAUACAAAAUCAAACCCUAA